AUGCACUACUUCCUCGGCAUCGAGGUGGUCCGACGGACUGACGGCUUCUUUCUGCAUCAGCAGAAGUACGCCCACGUGCUCCUGGAGCGUGCCGGUAUGCUUAACUGCAAGCCGGCGCCCACCCCCGUCGACACGAAGGCGAAGGUCUCUGCUCUCAAGGGGUCUCUUGCGUCCGAUGGAGCGUUCUAUCACUCUAUUGUCGGUGCUUUACAGUACCUGACGCUGACUCGCCUCGACCUGCAGUACGCUGUCCAGCAGGUGUGCCUCCAUAUGCACGCCCCGCCUGACUCUCACUGGACUCUGGUGAAGCGUAUUCUCCGUUACAUACGCGGCACCAUGUCCUUGGGACUCAACCCUAACGGCCUCCUCCUCCACUGA